GGAGCUCAAACUACUGAACCAAAACCGAAGCGAGGGAGAGCUCGGGGAGAAGCAAGAUGGCCCACCGGAGCGACAGCCGAUCGCCAUCGGAUCGGAAUCAGACGGCGGAUCUCCCUUUGGUGGUGGUUCUCAACUGCCUCGAGGACCUCUCGCUGGAACAAGAAGCCCUCGCCGGCUCCGCCGUCGUCGAGCAGGUUGGCCUCGGCCGCCUCUCUGACGGCCGGAUCGAGUCCGCCGCCGCUGUCCUCGUCCACUCCCUCGCCUUCCUCCCCCGCGCCGCCCAGCGCCGCCUGCGGCCCUGGCAGCUCGUCCUUUGUCUUGGUUCUGCUGACCGCGCCGUCGACUCCGCUCUCGCCGCCGACCUUGGCCUCCGCCUCGUCCACGUCGACGCUGGCCGGGCCGAGGAGGUGGCCGACACCGUCAUGGCCCUCUUCCUCGGCCUCCUCCGUCGGACCCACCUCCUUGCGCGCCACGCGUCCUCGGCCUCCUCCUCCGCCGCCGGCUGGCUCGGGUCCGUCCAGCCGCUCUGCCGGGGAAUGCGCCGGUGCCGGGGGCUCGUAGUCGGGAUCGUCGGGCGGUCGGCGUCAGCCCGAUGCGUCGCCACCAGGAGCCUCGCCUUCAGGAUGAGCGUCCUCUACUUCGAUUUCUACGAGGGAAAAGAAAAAUCAAGGCAGCAUCCCGUUACCUUCCCUUCUGCUGCUCGAAGAAUGGAUACUUUAAAUGAUUUACUAGCUGCAAGUGACCUUGUUACACUUCAUUGUUCUCUGUCAGAUGAAACUGUUCAUCUUCUCAAUGCAGAAAGCCUGCAGAAUAUCAAGCCCGGGGCAUUCAUUGUCAAUACAGGUAGCAGUCAGCUGAUAGAUGAUUGUGCUUUAAAACGGCUCUUAAUAGAUGGCACUGUAGCUGGUUUUGCUUUGGAUGGUGCUGAGGGACCUCAAUGGAUGGAAGCAUGGGUUAGGGAGAUGCCAAAUGUGUUGAUUCUUCCUCAAAGUGCAGACUACAGUGAAGAGGUAUGGAUGGAAAUAAGGGAGAAAGCUGUCUCUGUUUUGCAAUCAUUUUUGUUCGAUGGGAUUAUCCCGAAGAGUGCCAUUUCUGAUGAGGAUGAAGAAAUAAGUGAAAUUGAGUAUGAAGAUGACCAAUCAGAGAAACAAGUGAAAGAAAGUUCUGUACAAGCUUGUGAUAAUAAGCAGUUGACAGAUGAGAGUCAGUUGAUCCAAGGAUACUAUAAGAAGCAAGGUGAGUCCAAUGUUCAGUCAGAAGUUUCAAGUCUGUCUCAAAAUAUUGGCUCUAGGACGAGUGGAAAGCGUAGUAGAUCCAGGAAGAAGGGUAAAAAGAGACCAGAUCGCCAGCGAUGCCAACUAAAGUUAGAUGAUCUUGCAGAAAUAGAAAGUACCUCGCAUCAAGAUGAAGACACUGCUAUGAGUGGCAGGGAGCAAAUGCUCAGUUCCAGUUCUCGAUUUGCUUCUCCAGAAAAUGUUAGAAACAAGCAGAUGUAUCUUAAUGAAUCAAACUUAGAAUCAACUCCUGAGAAGCAGGUGGAAGUAAGCAUGGGGCUUUGCAGAAAAUCAGGUGAACUGCUAAAAGAUGGUUUUGUUAUAGCCUUGCUUGCAAGAGAUCAUCCAGGAUUUCAUGUAUCAAGACAAAGAGUUCCAGGUGGUGGUUGGUUCCUAGAUACAAUGUGCAAUGUAACCAAAAGGGAUCCAGCUGCACAAUUUCUUGUCUCUUUUAGAAGCAAGGACACACUGGGAUUGAGAUCCUUUGCUGCUGGAGGAAAACUGUUGCAGAUAAACAGAAGAAUGGAAUUUGUAUUUGCAAGUCACAGUUUUGAUGUUUGGGAGAGCUGGAUGUUGGAAGGUUCUCUGCUUGAAGAAUGUAGACUUGUUAAUUGCAGAAAUCCAUUGGCUGUCUUGGAUGUGCGCAUUGAGAUCCUCGCAGCGGUAGGUGAAGAUGAUGGAGUUUCUCGGUGGCUUGAUUAAAUUCUUCUUCAUAAUUAAGACUUUUGCUGCCAGAGGAGCUCAACUGGCCAUAAAUGUGUAAUCUUUGAUGCAUCCUGCCAUGUAAACCUAUCCUAUUUGUAUUUGUUCUGAGUAGGUUGAAAUUUGGAUGUCAGCUUGCAUGCUAGAGUGGUCAUUUAGACUGUGCACAGAUCAUGAAGUUGGUUUCGACUGGCAGAUCGAAGAUGUAUUAAUUCUCUAAACUUUUUUAGAUUUUCAUUUAAUCUGAUGUCGCUGUUUCUUCUGCA